UCACUUGGGGAUUGAAGUUCAAUCAUUGAACUUGUUCGUUUCUUACAUUUUCUGUCCAAAGUUUCUUUUAAACGACCAUCUCAAUUUUAUCAGUUUCUUCGUAAUUUCCUACAAACUUACAUCACCUUCAUCUUACCCUUUUUUAAGAAAUUUGGUUUUUCGUUUUUCUUGUUUGAUUUUAUUGUGCAUUUGAGGCUUUUGGCUUCUCAGUGAUGGCGACUUAUAUUCCACCCGAACCUCUCUUGAUGAUUUGUCCCUAUGACUUGAACCAUAAAGUUAAACCGAAAGGCUUCAGUGUUCAUGUUGCUAAAUGUGCACAGAAAUCGACUAAAAAACUGGAAAUUUGUCCUUUCAAUAGUCUUCAUCGAAUUGAACCGGAACUUUAUGCUCAUCAUUUGAAGACUUGUCCAGACUACAAUUCAGCUGCUGCAGAAAACAAAAAAAGGGAACAAGAAGAAUGGGAUAGUAUUGAUUCCAAAAAGCCUCAAGUUUCUGAACAAUUAGCUGGACUAAUGGGAGGCAUGAACAUCGCUGGUCCAUCUCACCAACAAACGUCAACUGAUGAUUGGGACUCCGAAUGGAACACAGCCCCAGUCAAAGUUAACUAUGUGGCUCCAGGAUUAGAAGCACCAAGCACCGAAGUGACCAGUGCUCAUGGAGAAAAUACUUUCCACUACCAGAAUUUACCACCAGCCCAGAAAAAGAAAAUCAGAGAAAGAUUAGUCCAGGACACUUUCGAAAGACAAAAGGAAAGAGAAAUGGCUCCAAUUAUGGAGGCGAGAGCAGAAAAAGAGAGAAUCGAACGUGAAAAACGAGAAAAAGAAAAGAGGGAAGAAGAAGAAAGGCUCGAUAAAAUACGACAAGAACGAGAACGAACUAACGCCGUUAAAACAGCGAAAAGAAAAGCGGCUCAGAUGAGAAAAAAGGCCGCCAGAACAGCGGCUUUUCUGGCUAAACAAGCUCAAGAACAAGCUGCAGCUUCAGCUUAAAUUUUCGUCGUAAACAAACAGUAUUGAUGUUCGAUCAUCGAUUAUUUCAAGAUCGAUCAAUCCAGAUCUUUAUCGAUCUCCAUGCAUGAAUUUUUGUUCUCUUUCUUUUGUCUCUGUCUUUCUCCCUGUCUACAAUCGUUUCUAUUGCGAUCUAUUCAGAUAAAAAUCUUCGAUUAAUUGACUCGAAUCGGUUCAUCAUUGAUUCAAAUUUCUAAUUCUGUGGCUCAUUUAUACUUUAAUUAACUUUCUAUCGACAAAUUAUUCUUUGACAUUUAAAUUCAAUUAAUUAUUUUGAUUGUGUUGUUCACUCUAACAUCUUUAAGCAUUAUGCGAAUCUUUUAAUUUCAAAAUAAACUAUUAUAAUCUUCUAAUUGGA